AUGACAAGAGAGCUUAAAGCCAUAAUAGAUGGGGGCAACGGUGUUAAGAUGACUAAGGUAUCCCAAGUGGAGGAGGAGCUUGACGCUGUCGCUGAUAUCAUGGUCGAAAACAUCAAUGCUGUUAUCAACCGUGGAGAGUCCAUAGCUUCGCUUGUUGACAAAACCUCAAAUCUUGGUAUUGAUGCACGGGUAUUCCGGUCAAAGGCAAAACAAGUGAGGUUUUACAGUGCAUUGCUCGACAAGAAGUUAGAUUCAUUCUGA